GGGGGGAGAGAGAGAGAGAGAGAGAGAGAGAGAGAGAGAGAGAGAGAGAGAGAGAGAGAGAGGAUAUAGGACAGGCUUCACGCUUUUGGCUGCAGACUGGUCGGGAUCCCUUUCGCUCCUCAUCGGUCUCUCCAUCAUCAGGUCCAGAAGACGUUCUUCAUCCCAACAUUCAAAGGGGAAAGUGAGAAGGAUAAAGACUCCCAGAGAUCCGGCGGCUACAUGCUCAGCUCUCUUUGGUUUUGAGAAGAUCAACCACACGAAUCAGCAGCAACCAUGGAUUUUGUAAUGAAGCAAGCUUUAGGUGGGGCCACCAAAGAUAUGGGUAAGAUGCUGGGUGGGGAGGAGGAGAAAGAUCCGGAUGCAUCGAAGAAGGAGGAGGAGCGCCAGGAGGCUCUGAGGCAGCAGGAGGACGAGAGGAAGGCCAAGCACAGCCGCAUGGAGGCGGAGAGGGAGAAAGUACGGCAGACCAUCAGGGACAAGUACGGCCUGAAGAAGAAGGAGGAGAAGGAGGCAGAGGAGAAGGCGGCCAUGGAGCAGGCCUGCGAGGGAUCGCUCACUCGCCCCAAAAAGGCGAUCCCUCGAGGCUGCGGAGACGACGACGAAGAGGACGAGGAGAGCAUCCUCGACACCGUCCUCAAGUUUCUGCCCGGACCUCUCCAGGACAUGUUCAAGAAGUAAAAAAACAACAACAACAGCAAAUGAAACGAACCCUACAUUCAGGGUGCAGUCUGGCCUGGGGAGGUGGGGAUCUUUCUGUGGCUGAACUGAAGUGUUUCGGGUAUUCAGGCAGGGUUUCAGGGUAGAUUUGGGGACAUGUAGAAAGUAGAAAGUGGAUUAUGGGGUGGGUGUUUCUUGCCAAACUGUUAGAGGCUACACACUGCCUUUCUAGAAAUCGUUUAUUCUUUUCUACUCCUCGACGAUUGCGUUAUUCUUCCCUCUUUUAUUUGCCAAAUUGCCGUACAAACUUUCAACUGCCACUUAGCACAUUUCUUACGACUUAGUACGUCUUUUGUCCUUUUCUUGUCGCUAUUUUUACACCUGUUGAGAUCAGACAUUUGUGAUUGGUUGGCCGUGAUCUGUUGACAGGCGAUGGGGACCCAUGGAGAACAGUAUUCCCUUUUAAAGGAGGACGGCGGACACUUCUGUCCUCAUGCUUCUGUGGUUUUUCACACGGCACUGCCACCAUGUUUUCCAGUAGAUGGAGCAUGUUGUGUUUAUUUCAGUGAGUGUUUUCUACUUUUAUGAACCUUGUGUAGGUCUUUAUAUUGAAAAAAAAAAUCAGCAUUUGAGUUUUUAGGACAUGUGCCUUCAUACCAUCUCCUCUAGCAGAGGAAUUGUAAAUGAGGGUUUCAUUUUGCGUCAAACAGGUGUACAGUUGUUGGUAGCAUGUAGGCAUCGGAUACUUUUUUGGAAAUUGAAUUUAAUUGAAGUUGGCUGGUUGGUGUGUUUUGGGGUUUCCAGAAGCUAUUGUUCAAACUACUUCUGGAAACCCCAGACCAGGUUAUUAAUGCCUUACAACCCACAAAGAGAUUUAAAAACAUCAUUCACUGUUACCAAUGGCUUUCCGAAGAACUGUUUGCUGAUGAAUAGUUCCUAAUUCAACCUCUAGAUUUACAAGUCAGCUAGUUAGACUGCCAACAUGCUAGAAAAGCAACAUUUAAGAUCUCCAACGUGUCACAAACUCAUGUCAAUAUGUGGAUUUUCAAUCACAAGUAUUUUGAAAUACAUUUAGUUAGCUCGAGGUAUCGUCCAUUCAAACAAACAAGACUCUUUGUACCUUGUUUGAAUCCCAUAUUUUUAAGUCAAUGCUGGUUUUUUUCAACAAUGACAUUCAGUCAUGAUCAUUUUAGGUGGAGCGUUCCCAUAGACAAUCAAAGCAUUGACCACUGCAGUCAUUUCCUGUCAUCCCAUCUAUGAUUGGUUACAAGUGGGUUCUUCAUUAAGCACUGGAGUGUCUCUUAAUUUAAACUAUUUUCUUUAUUGUUUUUCUUCUUCACACAUGAAUGCAAAUGCCAGGGAAUGUCUGUUUUUAUUUACUUUACUGUGAAUGUGCUGCCAAUGUAUUUCAAUGCAACCAAGCUUAUGAUUGACUUCACUUUCUUGAUGAGCUCACCUUUCCCCACAUCCUUAAUUUGAUUGAAGUUCAUCAACAUCGAGACCAAAGACAUUUUGGUGAGAUCGUACUAUUUAUUUUUGCCAAAUAAAAAGACGUGCAUGCCGAUUGGUUUUUAUUGUUCGUGCAAAGCCUGCAGGAGCAUCCCAAAGACCACCGUUAAACAAAAAAGUGUUUCAUGGCUAAAAAAAACAAGAUAAUUUCACUGAAGCGUGGAAAAACUGGUUUGAGGAGCAAAGUAUUUUCUGCAUCCCUUAAUCUUUGAAUUCAACAAAUAUCAUGGUGAUUUGUCAUAGAGCAUUGAAGUAGACGUGCUGUAAAUUAAAUCAAUCUCUAUUUAGUGAAACCACCUAAAUAAAUAGACAUUUAUUGAUAAGCAUGUGGGUUAUUCCUAAAUGGCCUGGUGGUUUUUCAGUGGGUAGUUAUGCGACAAUUUACGAUAAAAAUGCACCUUUCCAUGAGUUUAAAUAACUAAUGAAGUUGUCAUAAACUCUAUAAAAACAAUUUCCUUUUAUUUUUCAUUUUCUAGCUCAGAUAGGACUUUUCACUAGACAAAGCCAUAUUAUUUAGAUUGCAAUAAUGACUUAAAAUGCUUAAAAAAAGAGAAUAUUUCCACAGUCUCAUGUUUGUUUUCUGUCAAAAGAUUGAAAAAAAACCUCAUUGCAUAUCUGUUUGUAAAAUCCUCACCAUUCUUGUACCUUUAAACAUGUAUACUAAUGUAUACGCAAAGAAAAUGUAUGUCAAAAAAGAAGCCUUUGUUAUAACUGUCUCAGUGUACUACAUGUGUACGGUAAGUGUGUGUGUGUGUGUGUGUUUAUAUGUGUGUGUCUUUCUACGUGUCUGUGAUGUGCGACCAUGUUGUUAAUUCAUAUAGUCCUGGUUUACGUAAAUGUGUCUUUGAACUAUUUUGUGCACAGGCAGAAGCUAUGGGUGCCUCCCUGGUCGUGCCAUGUCUUAAAAGAGUUAUACUUAACACAUUCCUUUCAAAUGUUGAGCAUGCAAAAUGUUAGUAGAGAAGAGAAUACACCAAAAAUCUAAAGGUUAGAAAAAAAACAACACAAUUUCCUGUUUCUGUUCGAGUCUCCAGGCAACAGAAUCCGUGCAUUGGAUCCAGAACGAUUGGCGGUCGAUGGGGUUGUUUCGUAUUCCAUGUUCUUUGUUGUCUGAGGUUAGCUUAACGUCGUGAUCGCACAGGAGCUUUGUGAAUCAGCUGAAAUACAAAAAAACAUCUGAAGAGUCGCCUCUAUAAGAUUCUAUAGAUCUAGAUUAUUGUAGCUAGCAUUGGGACGAAGUAAUCAAAGAUGUCAGUUUGCAGACUUAAACUGUAUUCACAUGAUGUAAGGUUUGCUCUUUGCUAAUCGCGAAAUUGGGCGCAGAGCUUUGCAGUAAAAACAGCCAGUUAGUUUUGUUUUUAUGGUUAUUUUCCAUGCUAACUUACGUCGCUACAUACAGCUGUCAUGUGAUUGGUUUUGCACGUCAAAAGGUCAGCGGUAAACAAGGUCAGAGUCUAAAUUAUUUGUACUUUGAGUGCAGCGCUUGACGACAAUUUUGAGCGGUGAAUGACAUCAAGAGUUUCACCUUCACUUUCAUCAGGCGUGUUUCUCUCCAUAGAACGCCAACGUUAGCUUAGAGCCAUGUUACUGAAUAUCAAGUGAAUGCAGCUUAAGCUCUUUGUGAAAUCUUUGCAAAAAGCUUGUUGUUAGGGUCUCAAAUUUAAACUGAUAUUGACGUAUAAAAGUCUUAAGUCAACUACUACUUGGUCAUUUUAUAAAUUACAAAUUUGCACCAUUGUUCUAUGGUGGACAUCUUAAGGUGGGGUUUGGUAAACAAGACAAUUCACUGAUGAAAUUGGAUUGGAUUGGAUUUGUUGGGUGCCAAUCAUUAAGGAGAUUUCCUGCCAAAUGAGUUUGGUUUGCUGAUUAUCCUGUGUGAUCACGGCCUUAAGACAUCAGUGCUGGAGGCUUUUAAAAACAAAAUGGGGGAAGUGCAAUUUAAAGAAAAAUAUAUAGAUACUGUAACUAAAACAACCUAGGUCUAAAGAAAAUAGAUUUCUAUGUAAAAUACAUAAUUCUUAUUUUAAUGCUUUGCUCAUUCUCAUAAACCAACCGGAGUAAUGCAUGAGCAAUGAGUUGAUUGAGGAGAAUCAUCUAGAUUAAUUUAAUUUAUUAUAACAUGAAGACAGGGAUAUUCCCUCCAACAGCUCGUGAAAUAAGUUUAUCUGAGCCUUGUAUCUCCCGGGUGGAAAGAGGAGACAUAGAUCCUGGACUAGUCUUAAUUCAUGGCCACUUCAUGGAAAGUACAGCCAUACAUCCUGUGUUUGUUCAGUAGUCUCUCCGCGGGACUCGUCUCGAGGCGUCACAGCUUGUGAACUGCCUUUGAAAAGGGCUAUUAUCAUGUUACCUGUUUGUUAGUUUAACUCAUCUGUCACUCGUCCUGGUGUGAAGUGUCGACGUUUUAAUCCAUCCUAGUUGCAUGAGAUACUUCCGUGUAUACAAGUGUUUGUUGAGCGACAUAAAGAUCGAUCCUUGGAUUAAUACAGUGGUGCAAUAAUUAUGAAUUAUAGGCCAAACUAGAGUUAGCAUCACAACGUUUCCUUCCAUUGGUUUUUGGAAUAUUGCAGAAAAUAAGAUCUGUGGCGAAGACAUGUUUAUGAUACUAACACGUUUUGUUUAGCAGGAUAAUCUCCUUAUAUUAACACCACUUUAUAAUAAUUGAAGAAUAAAUGCCAUUGCUAAAAGCAAAAAGCUAACGUUAGGCUAUAAAGGAACGACAGCACGGUCACAUGACUUCAUGUCACCACCGCUAAGCUAAAGGCGGCUAAUGUUGGGCUAUAAAGGAACUACAGCACGGUCACAUGACUUCACGUCACCACCGCUAAGCUAAAGGCGGCUAAUGUUGGGCUAUAAAGGAACUACAGCACGGUCACAUGACUUCAUGUCACCACCGCUAAGCUAAAGGCGGCUAAUGUUGGGCUAUAAAGGAACUACAGCACGGUCACAUGACUUCACGUCACCACCGCUAAGCUAACGGUGGCUGUGUUGGACGUUUAGUCGUCUCAUUUAGACACUUGUUAGCAACCGCCGUUUUUAAAUCCACCAGUGGGGUAUUUACUGACGUAUUUUAUGUCGUAGAACAAUACGUUAAAAUCUCUAAAACUUGUGUUAACAACAGACCUUAUUUUGGGCAGCUAACCAAAAACACAUUUAGAAAACUGACUACGAGACGAAUGCUAAUGCUAACUCAUUCCCGGGUUUAAGGACUCAAUACGGCACCACUCUAUAUAGGAAAGGGAGAGAAAGGAAUAGUUAGCGGUUGUAAACUAUACUGGUGAUUUUACAUGGAUGAUAUUUACUGUAUAUUUUCUUAACUAAAGUAGAUGUGGGUGAAUGAGUGUGUAUAUUUAGGCACGAAAGGCCUCAGAAACAUUAAACUGCUACAUCAAAUCCUGGCCGGUGUUUCUCUAAAACGAUUCCAAUCAAAAGCUACUAUUGAUGGGGUUUUUGGGGAGACUCAAGCAAAAGAGAAACUGGAUUCUCAAAGCAUCUUCUGUUGUCAGGAGCCCAGAAACACUGAGAGAAGUGAGAAACUGCCGUUCAAAACCACAGUUCAUCCCCAAAAAAGCAAAGAUUCUCCAUUCGUUUUGGUGAUAUUUCUCAUAUAAACACAAAAUCAUUAACUCUGGCAGUGUGCAAAAGACACGCCACAUGUUUACUUCUUAACUAUAUAACUAUGAAAUGCACAGAGCGGUUGAGAGGAGAAGUAACAUUUUAAAUAAAAACCUUUAAACUUUAUCGUUCCUCCAAAACAAGGCUGGACUGUUUAACACUGAACACUGUAAUGAUGUCAUAACAUUUGUCUUUUCUGUAACAUUUUUCACGUACAUCAUUGUGACUGCCAUGCUGAAUCCUGCCUUUUCAAUCCAGUUUAACGCGUGUUGCUCGGCGAAGCUCGUCUUUUCACCACGUUUACGUUUCCCUCCAGUGAAAGACGAGACUUUGGGCGAGCACAACUGUUACUGUGAACGAAAAAAAUCUCUUUAAAUACAUUCCAGUCUUUGUGGCAUUUGCACUUGAAUUAAUGUUACACUUACGAUGGUUAUGGCAUCUGAGAGUCACCACUUUCAACUACCUGUAAUUAUUUUUUACUAACCGCCAGCCCUCUAAAAACGGUAAAGUUAAAAGGUAUGUGAGGUGAAAAGCGUACUAAUGUAGUGAGCAGGGUUGAAUACCUGGCCGUAAUCCCUUUAGUUCGCCCAUUUGUGCCAAUCAGCGUAAAGGGCGUUGUUCACAGUUUGCAGAUGAUGCUAACGUUUCUGUUCCUAAACUAAAUCUAUUCACUGUCCGGAGAUGCAGCUUCAAUCUGCAAAUGACAUGUGCUGUGUCUCAAUUUGCAUACUUUUGUACUUAUUAAAGUGUAUACCACUGCAAAGUAUGGCAAAAUACACUAUAAGUACGUGGAUGAGGCACUAAUACUGUCCCAAAUGUCAAGUGUGCAACGCUUCUAACACUUAGCGUCGUAGCAUUUUCGCUAUUUAGCGUUUGCUGUGGUUAAGGUUGUUCCAAUAAACACAGCAUUAUCCAAAUCAAAUGUAUUUGUGUGGCUUUUUCCUGCUAUUUAUUAAACAUACUAUACUAUACUAUACUAGUGUCAAAAAGAAGCCACUGUUAAUUAUAUUGGGUUAAUCAAGCGAACUGUAAUGAUUUGCUUCCAAGACCGUUACCGUAGCUAGCUAGCUAGGUAGCUAAUAGUGGUCAAAAUACACUUACUUUACAAAGUGUUCGCAGUGUAAGACUUUCAGUGCAUCAAGCAAAGUGUAAGAGUUGAGACACAGCAAUGGACUGCAGUAAAUAUUGGAAAGCAUUAAAAAGGGUUUUCAACAACUGGUAAAGGGAGUGGAUUGAUGCUAACAUUUCUGUCGCUGCACUAGCUCUCUUUACUGUCCGGAGAUGAAGCUUCAAUCUGCAAUUGACAUGUGCUGUGUCUCAAUUUGCAUACUUUUCUUUACUUGUGCUAUUAAAAUGUAUACCACUGCAAAGUAUGGCGAAAUACACCAUAAGUACGAAGAUGAGGCACUAAUACAACACAGUCUCACGGCAUUUCGUGUUAUAGUCACGAAAUUAAUCUAUUGAUUCGUGUUCACCAACACGAUUUCGCCAUUUUUUUUCGUGUCACACAGAACGAUUUUAAAAGCAAUGUAAAUAAUAACAAAUUAGAAGGAAAAAGACAUUUAAAAA